UGAAAAUUUACAGUUUCUUCCAGUCUAAAAGCAGGGCCAGUAAACUUCUUCAAUCUUUCUCUUUAACUUCCUUGAACCUCCAUGUUUGAUUUUUCAAACAACUACAGCCACUGGUGAGAGUGUAUAUAAAGAGAGGAACUAGUCAGCCAAUAUGUGUGAUUUUGUACACUGUCUUCAGAGUCUUCAAACUCUCAAGACUUAUAUAGCAGUUGGUUGACUUGAGAGAAACAGAGAAACAGUCAUGGUGAGGUCCAUUAGCUUUGAAAGAAAACAAGAGGAGGUAGACUUGGGAACGUGUAGAGAAGAAUCAGAAACUCAGAACAGGUCUUUUGGGUCUGAUAAAGUGAGUAUGCAGAGGUCAAUAAGCUUCAAAAAUUGGGAAUUCACAGAGCCAAAACUUGAAGCAUCUGAUCAAACAUUUGAGAAAUCUGGUUCAACCUCUUUAGUGGGAAGAAAUUGUGAAAAGUUGCAGAUAAACAAACCUACAAUUGUGCUUCCUCAACAAAUGGUAUAUUUUUCUCCAAAGCCAGUUAGCGAGCUUGAUGCUGCAGCAACCAAGCUGCAGAAAGUGUACAAGAGUUACAGGACCAGGCGUAACCUUGCAGAUUGUGCUGUUGUGGUUGAGGAACUAUGGUGGCAGGCCUUAGACUUUGCAGCUCUGAAACGAAGCUCUGUGUCCUUUUACAACACUGAGAAACAUGAGAGCGCCGAGUCACGGUGGGCACGGGCUAGGACAAGGGCUGCCAAGGUAGGGAAGGGUUUGUGCAAGGAUGAGAAGGCUCAGAAACUUGCUCUGCAGCACUGGCUUGAAGCUAUUGAUCCACGCCAUCGGUAUGGACACAAUUUGCAAUUCUACCAUGAUGUCUGGUCUGAAUGCAGGAGCAUCCAACCUUUCUUCUACUGGUUGGAUGUUGGUGAUGGUAAAGACACAAACCUCAAGAAGUGCCCAAGAACUGUUUUACAACGUCAGUGCAUCAAAUAUCUUGGACCGAAAGAGAGGGAUGCAUAUGAAGUGAUUGUGGAGAAUGGAAAGCUGGUCCACAAGCCAACUGGGAUACCUGUUGAAACAGUUGAAGGGUCGAAGUGGAUUUUUGUGCUGAGCACAUCAAGAGCUUUAUAUGUUGGGCAGAAAAGAAAGGGCUCUUUCCAGCACUCAAGUUUUCUAUCUGGAGGGGCUACAACAGCAGCUGGAAGAUUGGUUGCCCACAAUGGUGUUCUUGAGGCUAUAUGGCCUUACAGUGGCCACUAUCUCCCAACUGAGGACAAUUUCAAGGAGUUCAUCAGCUUCCUGGAGGAACACCAUGUAGACCUAAUCAAUGUCAAGAUGUGUGCAACAGAUGAUGACAAAGCAUCCUACAAAGCUCCUUAUGAUGAUUUGUCUAAGACAGAAUUGAAUGGACCUAUAACCAAUGACCCAAAUCCAAUCAAACACCAACAUGAGAGCAUGGGGUCCAAUGCAGCAGCACCAGCCUUUGACCUGUCGAGGCCUUUGUCUUGCAAUUGGACCAGUGGGCUUGGUCCACGCAUUGGCUGUGUACGGGACUAUCCUGCAAACCUACAAUUUAUGGCACUUGAACAAGUCAACCUUUCACCAAGGGUCUCACUGGGCCACCAUGGAAGUUGUGCUCCAAUCCCUUCACCUAGACCAAGCCCAAAAAUCCGGGUCUCUCCUAGGCUUGCCUACAUGGGUCUUCCUAGCCCAAGGGUACCUGUUCCCACUGCCAAUUAGACAUGUGGCCUUCUCAACGACGAUAAGCUGGGUACUUUUUCUUUCUUCUUUUGGCUUAAAAGGGGUAAAUCAAAGAGACUGUAAUGGCAGGCUCCUACAACCAUGGGUGAUAAGUGAUAAUGAGAGGGUCCUUAAUAGUUAAUCAGUUUCUGAAUUAUUAUUAGAUGGUUGGAUCGAAUCCCUCAAUGUAGCCGGGUAAAAUGCUCAAGAGUCUAGAAGGGCCAAAUUUGUUUAUUCUUUUUUUUUAUAAAUUUGUAAGUUGUGAAUAUGCUCUUCGAAUUCAUUGCGUUAUGAAUGAAGUGAAAACAGUUCUCUCA